AGAUUAAAUUCGUGUUUCUUCCUAUGACCGGCAGCGUGUAUCUACGGUACCGGUGGAAAUUAGUUAAUAUAAAAUGUCGUGCACUAAAUUCCGUUUUUUAUUUUAUAUCACAUAUAGUUGUUUAUUUUUAAAUCUUGUAACUGCAAAUAUUCAGACAUCAUCAAAAAAUACUUUUGCAGAACAACUUACUGAAGAAAAUUGGGAUCGUAUACUAAUCGGAGAAUGGAUGGUGGAAUUUUAUGCUCCAUGGUGUCCUGCUUGUAAAGCAUUGGAACCAAUUUGGGAACAUCUUGCUUCGCAAAAGAAGAAUCUAAAUAUUAAUGUAGCAAAAGUUGAUGUAACUGAUUCUCCAGGACUUAGUGGAAGAUUUAUGGUUACAGCUUUACCAACAAUAUAUCAUGUUAAAGAUGGUAUAUUUAGGCAAUAUAAGAGUCCUAGAGAUAAAGAUUCAUUGAUUGAAUUUGUAUCUGAAAAAACUUGGGAAAAAAUUGAACCAAUCCCUGGUUGGAAGAGUCCAACUUCUAUUCAAAUGUCUCUUAUUAGUCAAUUCUUUAAAAUGUCACAAGUAUUAAGGGGAAUACAUAAUAAACUUAUGGAAGAUUUUGGAUUACCUACAUGGGGAAGUUAUUUAAUUUUUGCUAUUGCUACUAUUGUUUUAGGUGCAAUAUUAGGAUUGUUUAUUGUCUGCUUGAUCGAUUUUAUAUAUCCACCAAAACCUGUGAUGCUUCAAGACAAAAAGAAACAAAAAGAAGGAUCAGGAGGAUUUAUGCAAGAGAAAAGUAUACCGGAUGAAGAAAUUGUUAAACAUGUUAAAGAUGAUUUAGUAGAUGAAGAAUCUGAACAAGAAGGAUCAGAGACAGAAGAAAAAGAAAAGGAUGUAAAUAAAGAUUCCAAAACUGAACCAAGCAGUCCAAAUGUCCGUAAACGUAAGCCACGUAAAGCUGAUUAGACAUACUAAUUUCUUGUAUGUACAUAUUUAACAUCUGGAGAAAAUGAUAAACGAUAUUUAACAGUUUGUAAUAUUAAUUUGUUUUGAUAAAUGAAGACAGUGACAACAAUACAUGAAUAUUCUAUUUGACAAAAAAUUGUGAGAGUUUAUGCAAAGAGAUAAAAAUAGACUUCAUUAUUAAUUUAUAGUUACUCGAAAUAUGUAAAGUAUUUUCAAAUGCGACAGCAAAACUAUUAUAUUGCAUAAAAAAACUUUAAAUGCAAAAUUAACUAACCUCAGGUAUCAUUUUAACAUUAUAGAAUAUUAAUUAUAAUAAAUAGUAAAAUAAUAAGUAAAAUUUGAAAUGCUUUAUAUAUAAAUUUAUAAUACCAUUGCUUGCAAACACAAAUAAACUUUUUUUGUGUUAAACAUCGCGCGACACAAUAAUUAUUAUUAUAUCACUAUUAUUUUGAUUAAAUUUUUUAUAGUUAUUAUAAAAUGAGAAAAAUGGUUAUUUUUUCAAUCAUAUGCUUUUUUUCUAAAAUAACUUUGGUAAAUUUGCAUUCAAGCAUUUAAUAACAUAAUUAAUUGUAAGUAAUUAAUAUAUUUUUUUGUACAAAUUUUUUAUUUAUAAAUUUUAUAUAUCAUACUACAAGACAAAUGAACAAUUAUGUAUUAUUUAUAUAUCCAUUCUUUUUCUAAUACAGUGAUAUAAAAUAUUUGUUUUCAGAUUGUAAAAAUGCUCUUAAGAAUUUAUAGUUUAGAUAAAUUUAAAUAGUUUUAAAAUUUUUUAUAUGAUUGUAUGCAUUUUCUGUUUUUUCUAUGAAAUUAGAAAUUUUGUAUACAACACUAACUGCACUUAAAAGAAAAAAUUAAAUUAAGUCUAAUUAUUUUAAGAAAUUAUGUUAAAAAUAAAUAAUAAAUUUUUAUAUAAUAAUAUAAUAAUUAUAUAACUCAAUUACUGAUAAAUUUUGUAGUAUUAAUUAAUCAUUAUGUUUUCUUUUAUAUUUUUUAAUAUAAAAAAUAAAGAUAUCAAUAUAACAACAAUUUUCUAAUUGUAAAUAAUUUUUAAUAACUAUAUGUAACUAUCCGUAUUAAACUUUUAUAAUAUUUAUUUGAUACAAAACAAGAUUUUAGAUUAUUGUAUACAAAUAUGCAAUAAACAUUAUACAAUAGAUAUUAAAUCAAGUCACAAAUAUAAGUGUAAUAAAAUAUAUAAAAUAUAUUGCAUUUAUAUAUAGUAUUAGUUAUAUUGCAUUAAUAUUUUUAUAUAUUUAUGAAUAAUUUAUUAAUAUAUUGUAAUUAUUUGACAAAUUAUUAAAAUGUCUUCCACAUUUAUUACAUAUUUCUAUUCUAAGAAAAAUAACUAUAAAUAUAUUAUAUUAACAUUUUGUUCUAUUUUAUUAUCAUGAAUUGAUCAUUUUGUGUUAAGUUUCAAACAAAUUUAUAUUCAAAUAAUUUUUAUUAUUAUAUAUAAUUUAAAUAUAAAUUACAUUUUUAAAUAAAAUUUUUGUGAAGAUUAUAUUUUUAACUAAGUAAUACAAAAGUUGUAAUGCUAACUGCCUAAUAAAAACGUAUUAUGUAAUAA